AGCAUGGGGGGAAUAGAGAGCAGACUCGUGGUGCUGCGUGGGGUAUGCACGUGAUGCACCCUGCACGCCAUGGUUCCGCUGCUGCUGCUGCUGCUGCUGCUGCUGCACCCUCUGCUCUCCCUGCUGCACCUUGUGUGCUGCUGAACCUGGCGCCAGGCAUGGGCGACCUACUCCCUCGUGCAGGUGCCUCGUACUGGCACCCCCUGCUGCCCCGUGCCAUUGACUCCAUAGAGCUCUCGUCCAAGGGCUGCGCAGCAGCGGGCUUGGAGUCGACACAGCCAUGUGCCGCUGCCGCUGCUGCUGCCCAGUGCAUGGCGCUGUGCUCUGCGCUCUCGUCCCACCUCCUCGCUGCUGCUGCCUCGUCUGCUUCCACCGACCCGCUCUGGCACCUGGUGCUCAAAGUGGCUCUACUUUCACCCUCCCCCUCGCUCUCUCCUCUCCUUCCCGCCGCCCCUCUCACUGCCCUGCUCUACCACCCGCACUCACUGCCUCCGCCAUCGGCUGUAUCCUCUCCCCGCGUGGCCUCUCCCCACCAUCACCAACAGCAGCAGCAGCACAACAAGGAUCUGAGCCUGGUGCACUGUGCAGCGACGGGUGGUGCCAUAAGUGACAUGGACGUGGGGGUGUGGCCAGGGCAAAAGGCUAGUGAAGGGGCAAGGGUGGGGGAGAGCACACACGGGAAGGCGAGCAUGGAAGGAGGGCAAAGGGCAGAGGGGAAGGCAGAGGGGAAGGCAGAGGGGAAGGUAGUGGACGGCAGUGCACACGAGUCAACAGCACCUGCAGCCCUGGAGGAUGGAGCGUGGAUGUCUUCCAGAGUGGCGCUUUUGCAGCCCCGAUCUCUCGCAGAUGUGCUCGAUGCUGUGGACGCACUACCCACAUUCACAUUGGAGCAACACUCCCAAGCACCCACUGCUGCCGCUGCUCCCUCUGCUGCGCUGAGAGCGCGCAUUCGAUCAGUGGCAGCAGCAGUGGCGGGGCAGCCGUGUGUGCGUGUGGCAGUGCUCAUGCUCCACCUGCCGCCUGUGUGCCUUCCGCAGCCUGCCUGCCUCACUGCACAGUCUAACACACAGCUUCUUACACAAGAGUCUAUCACACAGCCUGUAACAGAGUCUGCAGCACAGCCUGCUCUCAUGGUACCCGGGCUGUGGGUGCCAGACAUGCUGGCGCUGGUGGGGGGCAGCUGUGUUGUGCCGCAGGAGACAGGGGAGAGCGCAUGUGCAGUCCCAUGGCAGGAUGUGCUGGACAGUGCUCCUGAUGCGCUGCUGCUGCUCAUGCCUCACAACUACCCUCCGACCGGCAAGGUGAACCUGUUUGCCAGUCUACCUGGUCUAGAGACCCUGCCAGCAGCCAGCAAGGGAAUGCUGUUUGCGUGCCACCAUGCGCUCUUCACAUCCCCCGGCCCUUCUCUCGUGGAUGGGCUUGAGCUGCUGGCGCAUGUGCUGCACCCCACACGUGUGCUGUACCACGGCUCGUCCGCACUGCAUCGGCUCCAUGCUUCUCAGUAACUGUUGACUAUUGACACACGACUCCACUGACACACGGGGACAAUGCCCGCUCGACACGUGCUUACCAGAGCAGGAAUUCAACUAACCUCCGACAGGCGAGGGCAGGGAUGGGAUGGGAGCUUGACCUUGAAUGACUCUGGUUGGUUUUGGUUCCGAUGCUUGUUUAGCCAGCCAAGUGCAAAUUAUGUAUCCAAAGGGUGCCAUAAGUUCAAAUGAGUUCGGACGUGGAUUAAAAUCUUGAGCUAGGG